AUGAGCUGGAACGACGAUGAAGUGGCUGAAGGAGUAGCCGUUGGUGCUCCAGAAGAGGAACAAAUCGAGAUGCCAGAGGUCCGCCUUUUCAACAAGUGGUCUCUGAACGAUGUUGAGGUUUCCGACAUCUCCCUUGUUGUAAGUUGAUCUUUAGUGUUUGUUUUUAUGUUUAGGAAAGUUUAUUUUGGAAAAUUGUAGUAGAUAUAGAAAAAUAUAAAAGAGAAGGAACUUAACUUCAUUUGUGGGCAUUACUACUUUUGUUACACGAGUUUUUAAUUAGUUUAUAAAUCUUUACUUUGUUUUUCAGGACUACAUCGCCGUAAAGGAAAAGGGUGCCAAAUACUUGCCCCACUCUGCUGGACGUUAUCAAAUCAGAAGAUUCCGCAAGGCUACAUGCCCAAUCGCCGAACGUUUGGCUUCAUCUUUGAUGGCUCACGGUCGUAACAACGGUAAGAAGUUGAUGACCGUCAGAAUUGUGAAGCACGCUUUUGAAAUCAUCCACUUGCUCACUGGAGAGGUAAGGAGAAGUUUUUUACUGUUUUCUUGGUUUUAUCAUCAAUUCUUUGUAAUUUUUUAUAUUUCAUAGCUAAAUUAUACCUUUUAAGGGUUUAAUUUUUGUAUUUAUUUUUAAUUUUUCUUAUUAUGGUUUUGAAUAAGUUAUUUUUAGAACCCAGUACAAAUUUUGGUAAACGCUGUUAUCAACAGUGGACCACGUGAAGAUUCGACCCGUAUUGGUCGUGCUGGUACCGUUCGUCGUCAAGCCGUUGAUGUUGCUCCUCUUCGUCGUGUUAACCAGGUAAAUUUUGUUUUUUAACGUAGUCAAAGAAUUUGUGAGUUAGUAUAUUAAGUGGUUUAUUUGAUUUUGUUAUAAUAAACGUUUCUUGUUAGGUUUUCAAUUUGAUUUAAAAUUUGUUGCAAAAAUAUUUGCCAAUGUUGUUUUAGGCUAUCCAGCUGAUCUGCACCGGAGCUCGUGAAUCCGCCUUCAGAAACAUCAAAACUAUUGCUGAAUGUCUUGCUGAUGAACUCAUCAAUGCCGCUAAGGGAUCCAGCAACUCAUACGCCAUCAAGAAGAAGGACGAAUUGGAGCGUGUGGCCAAGUCUAACCGUUAA